CACUUAACAGCCUCCUCUUUUUCUUAGACCAUUUCAUAUCCUCACAUCUUUAACAGAAACAAACUAUAAAUAGCUUCUCCAUAUUUAGGAAAUACAUCUUUCAGAGCCAAGGGGCGUGUACCCUCUCUAAUAAGAAAUCCCCAAAAGCUCUCGAUCAAUAAAACUAAAUACAUAAAGUAUAAAAAGAGAAAAUUUAAAUAUUAUGGCUAAAAAAAUAGUCAUUUCUGGCAUAGCCUCAAUUCUUGUGGUGGCUUGUGUGGUUGCAGCAUGUACCACCAUUAGCAAAAAGAACGCAAGCGAUUCAUCAAGUGGUGGUGGUGGUGGUGAUGGUGCUAGCAAUAGUGAUAUUUCAACCUCUACAAAAUCUGUAAAAGCAAUAUGUCAAUCUACUGAUUACAAAGAAACUUGUGAGAAGAGUCUUGCAUCAGCCAAGAACACUAGUGACCCAAAGGAACUUAUAAAAGUUGCAUUUGAAUCAACCAUAUCUGACAUAAAAAAUGCCAUAAAAAAUACUGACUUGAUCAAGCAUGCAGCCAAAGAUCCUAGAACCAAAGAGGCUCUAACAACUUGUGAAGGUCUUCUUGAUGUGUCUAUUGAUGAUCUAAGAAGAUCUUUUGAUAAAGUUGGCACCUUUGAUAUCAGCAAGAUCAAGGAUUAUACUGAUGAUCUAAAAACAUGGAUUAGCGCUUCGAUUACUUAUCAAGAAACAUGCUUAGAUGCUUUUCAGAACACAAGUGGUGACACUGGUGAGAAAAUGAAGAAAUUGUUAAAGACUGCAGGGGAGCUUACUAGCAAUGGCCUUGCUAUGAUUACUAGCUUUGGUGACAUGCUCACUAACAUGAACAUCCCUGGCAUUAGCCGCCGAUUAUUGACAACUGACUACACAUCAUUCGUUGAAGAAGGUUCUCGUAGGCUUCUUCAAGUUUCUAAUACCAAACCUAAUGCUGUGGUUGCUCUAGAUGGUAGUGGACAAUUCAAGACCAUCAAAGAAGCCCUUAAAGCUGUGCCCCCAAAGAACACUCAGCCCUAUGUCAUCUUAAUCAAGGCAGGUGAAUAUAAGGAGAUGGUUGAUAUCCCAAGAGGCGUGACAAACGUUGUGUUUAUUGGCCAAGGCCCAACCAAGACCAAGAUUACUGGCAACAAGAACUUUGCUGAUGGCACUACCACUUUCCAUACCGCCACCGUUGCCGUGAAUGGAGAUGGUUUCGUAGCAAGGGAUAUCGGAUUUGAGAACACAGCAGGAGCAUUGAAGCACCAAGCUGUUGCACUCCGUGUAUCAGCAGACAAGACAGUUUUCUACAACUGUAACAUUGAUGGAUACCAAGACACUCUGUACACUCAUUCCUACAGACAAUUUUACAAGGACUGUUCCAUCUCAGGAACCAUCGACUUCAUCUUUGGUGAUGCAUCUGCUGUGUUCCAAAACUGCAAGAUGAUUGUAAGGAAACCAGGUAACAACCAAGCUUGUAUGGUGACUGCUCAAGGUAGAAAAGACCAUCGUGGGGUCGGUGCAAUCGUAUUGAGGAACUGUGAAAUCAGGGCUGAGCCAGCAUUCACAAGCACUAAGCCACCAAUCAAAGCCUAUCUUGGAAGACCAUGGAAGGAGUAUUCGAGGACAAUUAUAAUGCAAACUUAUAUCGACGCGUUCAUUGAUCCUGAAGGAUGGGCACCAUGGAAUGGUAACUUUGCUCUAAACACACUGUAUUAUGCAGAGUAUCAGAACAAGGGACCAGGUGCAAACACUGAUAAAAGAGUUAAAUGGGGAGGUUACAAGAAAAGCAUUUCACCACAGGAAGCUGAAAAAUAUGCUCCUAAUAUCUUCAUUGAUCAAGGUAGCUGGAUUAAGAACACUGGUAUUUCCUAUUGA